AUGAAUUUACAGUAUACUUACGCAAAGAAACGAUCACAAUUUGGUAUGCACUGUAGCUUUUCAGAUUACCAAAAAAUAGAAGUUGAUAUUAAACCACAUGCAGGGUAUAUGCAUAACUAUAUUCAAGUAAAUCCUGUAUCUCAUGGAACUCAAUGCGGGAAAACAUAUUCCGCUCAUGAGGUGAAUACAAAUACUGCAACAUUCAAAGACAGCGGUAUGUGUCAUGCUGAGGGCGGCUGGCCGAAAGAUUUAAACGUAAAAGACACGGAACAAGUAGUUAGAUAUAAGCGUAAAAUAGAAAAAGAUGAAUUAUAUAUUCAUACAAUGCUUCAACUGUUACCUUCAAUGGAGCAUUGUAUAUUACAAAAUAAUACGUGUAAUAUCUAUGAACAAUACUUCAGUUAUAUGGAACCUGUUUCAUUAACACAAAGAGCAUAUUCGCGUACAGUUAAUGUGUAUCGAGAUGUUUUGCCGACGAAGAGACAAAUAACGCAUCUUUCUUGGUCACCGGAUCAGGGAAACUAUUUUGCAGCUAGUUACUAUAAUACUGAUUUUACUAAAAGAGCAAACGAUAAUCCAGUUUCAUAUAUUUGGGAUGUGGAAAAUCCAAAUACUCCGUGUAUGACGUUGAAACCAUUCUGUCCAAUUUUAUCAUUGGAAUAUAAUUCGAAAGAUUGUAAUAUAUUAGUCAGUGGGUUAACGACUGGUCAAGUAGCUUGCUGGGACAUUAGAAAAGGACCAGAACCAGUUGAGAUAAGUUCUUUAGAAUUUAGUCAUAGAGACAUAUGCAAUAAAGUCUUGUGGAUAAAUUCGAAAACGGGUACUGAAUUUUUUAGUGCUUCGAAAGAUGGGCAGAUAAUGUGGUGGGAUACAAGAAAAUUACAAACGCCUACAGAAACAUUAGUGAUAGAUUUAUCUAAACCCGAGGAUCAAAAUGUUGACAAUGCGAUUGGAAUUACUGCAUUACAGUUUGAACCAUCAAUGGGUACACGAUUCAUGUGUGGUCUUGAAAAUGGUACAGUGAUAUCAGGAAAUCGUAAAGGUAAAACUCCAGGGGAAAAGAUUGCGACAAAAUUUAAAGCCCAGUAUGGACCUGUAAUAGGACUGGAAAGGAAUCCAACAUUUGUUAAGAAUUUUUUUACUAUUGGCGAUUGGACAACCAGGAUAUGGUCUGAAGACUGUAAAGAAUCUUGCAUUGCUUGGACACCUGGACAUAGAGAUUUCUUAAUGGGUGGAGCAUGGAGUGUAACAAGAUUUUCAGUAUUUUUCUUAAUAAAAAUGGAUGGAACUUUGGAUGUAUGGGAUUUACUCGUUCAGCAAGAUUCUCCGAUUCUCAGUAUAAAAGUCUGUGAUGAAAUUUUAACAUGCAUACGACCUCACGAGCAAGGACAGUUGGCUGCAGUCGCUAAUAAAACGGGAACAACGUUUCUACUUGAAUUCUCAGAAGCACUAACAACUAAUCAGAAAAACGAUAAGCUUUUAUUUACAGCGCUUCUUGACAGAGAAACACGUAGAGAAAAAGUGAUAGAGGCAAAAAACAGAGAAUUGAGAUUGAAAAUGAAGUCUCUUAGAAACACUAACAUUGAAGUUGAAUGUUCAAGUGUGAGAACUGAUGAAAAACCAGAUUCAAAACAUCUAACUCCGGAUAUUAAUGAUACAAUAAUAAUAAAUUGUGAACAGGAAUAUGAAAAUGCUAUUGAAAUAGAAAUGACGAGACAAGCAGAAAAAGAUAAUGAAGAAAUCAAUGAAAAACAUGUAAUGAACGGACUAACUAAUGGAAAAAGUGGUGUUUGA